CCGCCGGGCUAUUCUCGGCUUCCUCUCCCUCCCCUGCCCAAAAUUCACUUCCGUCACAUCAUGGCGACGCGGAUCGUUCAGGAGACGGGCAGGCUGGAUCUGAGAGCCAAGGACGGAGAGUUUGGAAGUGAAACCAUGGAAGCGCACGAGAUUUGCAGACUGGAAGUGGCUUCCAGAAGUUUGUUGGUGAGUGGGUCCUGCAAAUCUGAACCUGUCCUGCAGCCACUGAACAGUACCACUGACAUAAUUGGGAAUGGGUGCACACUGCAUCAGGCCCACUACACUGGAAAAAGUAGGCUGCUGUCAGCUGAGUCCACCUGUGUCACGCUGGAAGCAAGAGGGGAGAUUCCUGGCAGUGAGGAUAUGCGGAUGGACCCUGCUGGGGGAGAGCAACAUCUGGUUCUGGAUAAAAAUAAAGAAAAGGCUCUAGGGAAGGAGGUAAUGCUGCUGAUGCAAGCACUCAACACACUCAUCACUCCGGAGGAGAAGCUAGCAGCUUUGUGCAAGAAGUAUGCAGACUUGUUGGAAGAGAACAGAAGUGUCCAGAAGCAAAUAAAGCUUCUUCAAAAGAAGCAGGCACAGGUAGUGAAGGAAAAGGUUCACCUUCAGAGUGAACACAGUAAGGCCAUUUUGGCUCGAAGUAAACUGGAGAGUCUUUGUCGUGAACUUCAGCGCCAUAACAAAACGUUAAAGGAGGAGAACCUGCAGCGAGCUCGGGAGGAGGAAGAACGACGCAAAGAAGUGACGGCACAUUUCCAGAUGACUCUGAAUGAAAUUCAGGCCCAGAUGGACCAGCAUAAUCUGCACAAUACAAAGCUACGACAAGAGAACAUUGAACUUGCUGAGCAACUGAAGAAGCUCAUCGAACAGUACGAGCUGCGAGAAGAGCACAUUGACAAGGUUUUCAAACACAAGGAAUUGCAACAGCAGCUGGUUGAUGCUAAACUUCAGCGAACUACAGAGAUUAUGAAAGAGGUGGAUGAGGAGCAUCACAGGGAGAGGGAGUUUUUACUAAAAGAAGCCACUGAAUUGAGGCACAAAUGUGAAUUCAUGAAGCAGCAAGAGGCACAUCUGAAGCAACAGCUUUCACUCUAUAUGGAUAAGUUUGAAGAAUUUCAGACCACAUUAGCAAAGAGCAAUGAAGUCUUUACAACAUUCAGGCAGGAAAUGGAAAAGAUGACCAAGAAAAUAAAAAAGCUGGAAAAAGAAACUACAGUCUGGCGUACCAAAUGGGAGAACAAUAACAAAGCACUCUUACAGAUGGCUGAGGAGAAAACCCUUCGAGACAAGGAAUAUAAAGGUCUACAAGUGAAGCUGGAGAGGUUGGAAAAGCUAUGCAGAGCUUUGCAAACAGAAAGAAAUGAUCUGAAUAAAAAAGUGCAGGUCCUUCAGUGUCAGCUUUCAGGAAGUGAUGGGACCUUGAACCUGACAGAAGACGUAUACCAGGAUUGCAAAACACCUGAUUCCUCAGAAAUGGCUGAAGUGAACACAACGAGUCAGGAAGCAGAAGAAAACCCGUCUCAUGUUCCAGCUAUUUUAGAUCAAGAGUGUUCAACUGGAGCUCUAGAAAACACUGCAAUCGCUUCAGGCAUUGAUUCUGUUGACUAAAGUUAUCUGUUUAAAAAGAAAUUAUGUGGAGUUAUAUAUUUUUGUGUAAUUAUUGUUUGACAUGUUCUUGGUACUUAUUGGCUUUGUGGUGAGAAUUUCUUACACAUUUUUCUACCAUAUCUGUAUUUUCUUAGGGGAUAAAAGGAAUUUAUGUGGUUCUGGUAGUUGUAUGGUGGGUCAAGUUAGUCUCCUUCAUAAAUUUUCAUAAUUGCAUUUGCUUCAUUUUUAAUAUUGAUAUUUUUUGCAUUGAAAUCCACCCCAAUAUUCUUAAUACUUCUACUGAGAUGUGAAUAUUUCCAUAUAAUUUAAAUAACAAGUUUUUUUUAAUGUAUUUUCCUGCAGUGUUAAGUACAACCAGGUUUACCUGAGAUGAGCUUCCACAGUUUGGAUCGUUUCCUGAUUUUUCUGAUGCUGUAUCUUUCAACUUAAGACCUCCCUCAAUAGCAACGCUGUUGCUUGAUUGAAACUUCUAGAAGACGUAGGGGCAUUUAAUGCUUGAAAGAAAGGUGUCUAAAUAUAAUAGAUCACUUCAGAUGGGCAAAAUUUGACAGGGAACAGUUUGAGGGUUUUAAAUAUUCUGCAGUGUUGCAGGUUCUUCAAUCUUUAGUUCAGUAAACUUUCUAUGGAUUUGUACUAUAUGUUGAAUUAGGAUUGCUGCCCCUUACCUCCAACUUGAAGCUGUAAGAAACUGGAGUAACGCUUGUUCUACUCUGUUCUCUGUACUUUAGAGUAAAAUGAAGCUUCCAAGAAUUUUGACACUCUAUUAGUUUAGACAUCUGAGGACAGUUUUUGUUGUUUUGAGAGAAGAUACUGACCCUGAUUUGCAUUUUAAUAAUGCUUUAUUUGGUCUUUUUUAGUAGCCUUUUUGACAAACCACCUAUUUUAGUUGUUUUAUUUUUAAGAAUAAGGGAUCAGCAUUUCCUCUGGAUUUUUUUUUAAUGUAGCAUGGCAGCUGCACUAUCCUUUCACCUCAGGAUUUGAACUUAGACCAAAGCAAAGUGGAUGAAAUCUUGUCUCAGGCUGUGAGCGUUAUUUUUGGCAUUAUUGUCUGACUGCAUUGAUGGUGGACAGUCCAAUAUACAGGAGUCAGUUGGAACAGAAUGAUGAUUUUAGUCUCCCAAGGAUACCAGAAGUAAAUGGUUAUCCCAUUCCUAAUGCUGAAUUUGGUAUGAAAUGUAGACAUCUACAACAGAGCUGUACAGUUAGAAUUGAAUGGAAACUUUUUAGAUACAAACUCAGGAUGGUGGGCAAAUUGAUCAGGUGGAUAAACUGAGCCUCAGUGUGAAAGACAUAAUCUGUUAGAUCUUUUUGAUUUUAGUAUACAUAAUUAUUUACAAAUGACUUCUGUAAUCUAACAUAAGUAUUUGUAAACUACCUGACAAUGCAAUUUUCAUUCAAGAAGUGAAUGAAAAGAAUUUUCAUUCUUUUCACUUUUCACUUGUUUGCUGUUGAGUGAUGAAACUCAGAUGGUUCAGUAGCACAUAGCAUGGGACGUGGAUUCCAGUUCUUGUACUGUGAAUGAUCAGAUUCAUUUUAUGGAUUUGGAACCAUAGAACAUUACAGCACAGAAACAUACCUUUUGGCCCUUCUUGGCUGUGCCGAACCAUUUUUCUGCCUAGUCCCACUGACCUGCAGCUGGACCAUAUCCCUCCAUACACCUCUCAUCCAUGUACCUGUCAAGUUUUUCUUAAAUGAUAAAAGUGAGCCUGCAUUUACCACUUCAUCCGGCAGCUCAUUCCACACUCCCACCACUCAGUGUGGAUUUGUUAAAGAUUAAUCAAGGUUUCUGAAAUGUAUCCAGUAUUUCUGCUCUAAGUAUCUAAAGGUAUCUGGAUGAGGCAAAAAUGGGUAUAUUUUUCAGAGUUGGAAACAAUUUUGGAUAUGCUUAAAAACAUUUUUUAUUGGCCUAUGCUGUUCUUUGUUUACACAUCUGAGUAGUUUGGCUUCUGUAAGGCUGUUUUGUCCACACUUCCUCUUUGCUCGUAUUCUAGUGCAGCACUGUGAAAUCUUAAAAACACUUGUCUCUUUAUCUUCUUACAUGUCAAGACACUCCAACAACGGUAGGUCCUUCCUGCCCAUGAAAUUCAUAUGGAUCUGUUUGUUCAGCCCAUCAUGGAAAUCAUGGGAUUGCUUUGGAAAUGAUGGUUGUGAAGAAUCUUGGAUUCAUCAUCAUUAUGUGCUGAACUUUCAAAACCUUUGGCUGUCCAUGCCUUAAUUGUAACUCAUGAAUGUGCGACUUGUUCUUCCAUCAAUUUUUCCUGCCGUUGCAAGAUGUUUGAGUUUCUCUUUCCUCAGCACAUGUCCCAGAAAUUCCAGCUGCCAUUUCCUGAUUGAUGAUCUCAACUCUCUUCUUAUUCUGAUUUUUUUUGCAACACCUCCUCAUUUGUUACUUUGUCCUUCCAUAUUUUCAUCAUUCUUCUCAAAAACCACAUUUCUGCAGCUUCAAAUCUUCCCUAAUUUUGCUUUGAUAUUGACCAACAUUCAUUUCCUUGUUAGUGUGGAAUGAACAUAACACUGCAACAGAAUUUAAUUCCCAUAGAAAUUGUUAUCUUUACUACCUUGCUCAAAUGCUCGGACAUGCAUUUAGCAGUUCCAAUCCUACUAAUUUCAACAUCAAGCUCUACCAUCUGAUGUCAUUAUGCAUCCUAAGUAAUUGAACUUCCAUGUUUAUUUAAUUGUUUUGUUGCCCACUUUCAGUUCACAUUUAUGUAUUUCUUUCUUGUGACAAUUCAAUCUUCUUGCAGUUGAUGGUCAAUCCUCUCUUUGCACUUCCUUUGAUGACUUUAUCUAGUAUUUCCUGGAGCUUUUCCUUAGAAUGGCUAAGGAUUCAAGUUGUAUCCACCAAUUAUCAUGCCAGGAAUACUGCUAAUUUCUCUUAGAAUCACCUUGUUAUAAAGGUUGAAUAGGUUGGGUGAGAGAACCUGUCUCCUCUUAAUCUAGACAAAAUCAUUUGUCUCAUUUUCAAUUCUCAUUUCUGUUGUUUGUUCCCAAUACAAAUUUCUGAUGAAUCACUGAUUACUUUAGGGAAAAAGGUUAAGAAGACUAGGUAAAGAACCAACACAAGUUUUAGUAGAAGUCACCCACAAGAAAUUUGAGAAGUCCUGAUUGACCAAAGCUAUGUUGUAUUCUGCAUUUCAAGGAGGUGGAUAAUUGAUGUUCCUGUCAUUUGGUGCUUUCUGGAAGUUUAGUAUAUCUCCCUUAGCUUUGAUCAGUGAAAUCCUAUUAAAUGAUGUCCAAUACUUGAAAGACAUGUUGUGUUUGGGAAGAAAAUGUUCUUUCUCAUGUGCUUAAAAAUCUAGAAUCAAAAUUUUUAAUUUUGGAUAUUUGUUUCCUCCAUCUCCUUAAAGUAUGUCAUCCUUGUCUUAUGUAUUCUACGAGAUAUUCCAUCUGCUGUUCCAUGUGAUCCUCUUCAGUUCUUUAGACGCUUGUUCAUUUUUUUCCUUCACUUCCACAUCACAUCCUGAAUGAAGUUUUCCCGUGAAUUUCAGUUGCAAAAACUUUUUCAAAUGGAGCUUUACUCUUAUCUCCUUCCUACUUGAAUAUAGCUGCAUUCAUAAGUUUCAGUAGUUCCAGAAAGAGCUCACAAUUAAUAAUAAUCUUUAUGAAUAGCAUUUUUGAUUGAGGUACACUCAGUUGCUGAAUCAUAUGUGUUUCAUAGUUGGUUGUGGGUGCUGCCUGCAAUCAAUCUUGUGUACAGGAAAAUGUACUGUAGGGCAAACUGAGCAGAUCCUGCAGCCUUCAUUCACAAUCAAGUAUCAAGCAUUAAACUGAAGUUCUGUAACAUUUUUGCAUUUGAGGGACUUCUGAGGAAACAAGAGAUGGGUAAGGUUAUGUUUGGGGUUAGGAGUGAAAAAUGCUGAUGCCAUUGCUAACCGUAAUCCCAUGAAUUCUUUACUGCACUUCAUGCCAUGCUGUUGUUUCCUAUAUUCCUGCAACACUGAUUCUAAAUAGGAAGAAUGCCAAUGUAUGGCCAGUAAAAUACGUCAAUUUCAAAGUGUGAAGCAGUGGUACUUGGAUUUUCAUUUGUUGUUGUUAUCUCAAUUGGGUAACUAUUUGCAAGCCCCAAUUAAGCUACAGUUUUAUCUAGUUCAAGAUCCCUUGUAUGAAUAAAACUAGCACCCAAAUUUAACCACCACAUUUUACAAUUCAUACAAUGAGCUUUUUACAUCUGGGAUAAUUUUGAUUGAGACUAAUCAGUCUUAAUAUAUAAGAACGUACAAGUGCAUGCAAUGCAUUCUAUCAGAUGGGUAAUUCCACCUCAUGUUCUUCUCUUUGCAAUAUAUUUGCACUUGUCCAGCAAAAUUACUGCCUACUCCAUUCAAAUAAAGAAAGUUGUAUGAGUCAUCGAUGCCAAUCCAAUAGGUCAGUGAAGCAGCACUCCAACCAUUCAGACUGAUCAAAAGAAAUAUUGAGACCACGUUGUGCUGCUCUGCUGCUGAGCAUUGACUGGAUUGGUGACAUUUUAUCUUAGAAAAUUGCCAUUCAUCUCAAAUUCAAGGUUUAGAAAGCAAUGUCACCUAUUUAGUUUACAUUUCAUUAGGAAUAAGUAAAAUUCUGUUCCUGUGAUUAAGAUUUCCCUUUUUUAGCAAUCAAAUUCAAGGUGUGUACCUUGUACAAUGCAAUCCAUGUAAUCUCUAGUCAGUAGUAAUUGAUGGAGAUAAAUUGGAAAAAAUGUGAUAAGUCAAAAUACACACUAUUUUCCUUGUAUUACGUUUACUUCUAAGCGUGCUUUUGUGCUUAAAAAGCUAAUAUUCCUAAAUGAUCCCAGCUGUGUCCCUUCCUUUUUGUUUAUGUAGCUGAAUAUUUUGUUAGCACUUAGCUGCCUUCUCAAGACUAGCUUGCUGCCAUUUCUAUGCUUAUUUACACAAUCAGUGUUGGUGUGAUGUUGUUCGGAAAGGUGCAUUUAAAGUUAGGAUUUGAGCUUUAAAACCACCCAAUCCAUUUUGAUAUUGUAUAAAGUUACAAUGCACAGUUGAUCUUAAACCAUGGAUUUAAUUUUUGAAAUUAAAUUUGCCAUGUCUUUCAUAAUAGGUUCUCAGUAGUUUAUAUGUGACUGUGACUUGAGGGUGUAGGGAAAGGAGGCAAAAUUUUGGUGUUUUAAAAUUGCUUUAAUAGGGAAAAUUAGUUAUCCUGAAUUAAUCUACAUUUCCUUCAUCUGGUGGUAGAAUAAGUGGCUCAGUUUAUCUAAUCACAAUAGGAAUGACUCAGCAGAUUAGUAAAUAUCAGUAUAUUGAAAAUGGCAUAUAUCUGUCCUCCUGCACCCUCUAGUGGAUUCAUAGGCUGUGCUACUUCAAGCUAAACAGCUACUGCCUUAGCCAACCAAAGUCUUGGGGUAAAUAGAACAGAGUGCCACAAUUGGUCUGAAUUGCCUCUGGCUAAAAGAUCAGAAGGGUCUGGGAACAGACCAGCAAAAGAACCGGGUUUUUUUUUUCACCUAAA